CCCAGUUUAAUGACAAAAAUACCCCUCUUUAAUUUCCUACUCAUCCGUCACUACCACACGCCACCCCAAAAGGCCAGCCCUGUAAAUUCACAUUAAAAUCCAAUUCAGUGUAUCAGCUGCCAAACCAGAGAGAGAUAAGAGAUGGAAAGUCAGAGCCUCUCUCUAUGUUCACGAUAAGAUUGUCACUUAGAUUCCAUUCUGUUCCGAAUUUCCGAUCAAACUGGCCAGAAUCUUCGAACCCAUCUCGCCGGAAUCUAACCCACUUUGCUGUUACAAAAUGUGUUAACUCCAAAAACCAAUGAGAAACACAAAAAUGGGGGAAGAAGAGAAGGGACCCAAAGAAACAGAGCAAAGCCCAGACUUGCCGGAAUCUUCCGCCGGAGCAUCGAGUCUCCGGCGAGCCGUUGAGUCCAUAUCAUCUUUGAUCUCACUCUCUUUUUCCAUCAAAAUCUUCGCAGCGAAAUGGAAUACAAUAAGGACCAAGCUUGAAGAUUUGAACUCUGGCCUAGCGGCCGUACAAAACUGCGAAACAGAUGAAAAUCCAGUUCUUUUAGGCCUAGUGUCGAACAUAUCGGGCACGGUCAACGAGUGCCACGGUCUUGCUCGGCGCUGCGUCGAUCUUUCUUACAGCGGGAAGCUUCUGAUGCAGAGCGACUUGGAUAUGCUCUCUGCAAAACUCGAUCUUCACGCAAGAAACCUCACGGAGAUUUACAACGCCGGCGUUUUGACUCACAGGUUUGCGAUCGUCGUUUCGAGGCCUGGAAACGGAGCUUGCAGAGACGACAUGAGGUUCUAUGUGAGAGACUUGAUGACAAGAAUGAAGAUUGGGGGCGCAGAAAUGAAACGACAGGCUCUGCUUAAUUUGUAUGAGGCUGUGGUGGAAGACGACAGGUACGUGAAAGUCGUCGUGGAACAGAGUGACAUUGUGAACUUGUUGAUCAGCCUUCUUGAUUCGCAUGAGGCUGAAAUCCAAGAAUGGUCUGCGAAGGUUGUUUCUGUAAUUUCUGGGUUUGGUUCAUAUAAGGUUGUUCUCAUCGGAGCUGGGAUCAUAGCGCCAUUGAUUCGGGUGUUGGAGUGUGGGAGCGAGGUUGGGAAAGAAGGGGCUGCUAAGAGCUUGCAGAGACUGACUGAGAAUUCCGAUAAUGGGUGGUCGAUUUCAGCUCACGGCGGUGUCACAGCUCUGCUUAAAUUAUGUUCCGGUUGUGAAGGUGGUGAUGUGAGAGCAGAGUUGGUUGGUCCUGCUUGUGGGGCACUAAAAAAUCUUGUUGGGGUCGAAGAAAUAAAGAGAUUCAUGGUUGAAGAAGGUGUAAUUUCAACGUUUAUUGGGCUUACACGGUCGAAAGAUGAAGUUUUGCAGAUAAAUUCGAUUGAAUUUCUGCAAAAUAUAGCGUCUGGUGAUGAAGCAGUUCGUAGCAUGGUGGUGAAAGAGGGUGGAAUUCGAGCACUGGUUCGUGUCUUGGAGUACAGAUCAACUUGUUCUUGUAAAGUGAGGGAGAUAGCAUUAAGGGCAGUAGAGAAUUUGUGUUUCGGUAGCACAAGUUGUGUUAGUGUUUUGAUCAGGUAUGGCUUUGUGGAGCAACUUAUGUCCUUUCUUCGAAAUGGGGAGGCUUCAAUUCAAGAACUGGCGUUAAAAGUUGCAAUUAGAAUGUGUGCAAAAUCAGAGGAAGCCAAGAAAGCACUGGGGGGUGCAAAUUUUAUGACAGAGCUGGUUAAGUUUCUUGAUUCAAAGUCAUUUGAGGUUCGAGAAAUGGCGGCUGAGGCACUGUCGAACAUGGUCUCCAUCCCGAAAAAUCGAAAACGAUUCGUGCAGGAUGAUCGUAGUAUGGGCCUCCUUUUGCAGCGGCUUGACCCGAAGCAAGGAAACUCAGGUAACAAGAAGUUCUUGUUCUCCAUAUUAAUGUCAUUGACAAGUAGCAACAGCGGGAGGAGGAAGAUUGUGCAUUCGGGUUAUUUGAAAAACAUUGAGGAACUUGCAGAAGCAGAAGUUUCAGAUGCCAAGAGACUUGUGAAGAAGUUGUCAACAAACAGAUUCCGCAGUAUGUUGAGUGGAAUCUGGCAUUCUUGAACCAAUGUAGCUUCGGAAGGAGCACAUGGGAAAACCAUGGAUGGGCAUGUGAGUAGAGGCAGCCAUGGUCUACUUCAUCUAACCUUUGUGAAGAGAGAAAGAUGGUGAUAGAUGAAGUCUCCUUACUGUGUUUGCUUCUUUUUUU